UUCUGUGAAAAAAGCUGUCUAAUACUUUUAUUUGACAUCCGCUUCCCAAAUUGUCUUUUGAACCUGUGGGCUAGAGCGUGUCAAAAUGGCGAGAAAAAAAUCCGAUGAAAGAAAUAGUCAAAAUGAUGAAAAUUCAAAGAAUGAGAAUGAGUUCUCUUCAAAUGAGGAUGAACCAAAUUUCAGUGAUCCGGAGGGAUAUGUUGACGAUAUUUCAGACGAAGAAUUGGUCGGAGAUAUUCUGAAGCAGAAACCAAAGGAAACAGAUGGAGUUGAGAGUGUGAUCGUUGUUGAUGGUGUGCCCCAAGUUGGACCUAAUCGUAUCGAAAAAUUGAAAACUGUCAUUAACAAAAUUUUUGCAAAGUUUGGUAACAUAGUGAACGAGUUCUAUCCAGUAAACGCAGAGGGACAUACUAAGGGUUACAUAUUCAUUGAAUAUUCUUCGCCUGUUCACGCUGCAGAAGCCGUAAAACUGAGCAAUAAUUUCAAACUCGACAAGCAGCACACUUUCCAAGUGAACUUGUUUACCGAUUUUGCCAAGUAUGAGCAAAUUCCCAACAAAUGGGAACCGCCAGAGCCUCAGCCUUAUCAAGGUCAAGCUGAUCUGCAUUACUAUUUGUUGGAGCCUGAUGCAUAUGAUCAGUUUGGUGUUGUUACUGCAUCCGGACAAAAUGUCCAGAUUUGGCAGAAUAGUCAGCCAGAACCGACGAUCAUUGAAAAUAGAAACAGCUGGUCCCAGACUCAUAUCAAGUGGUCUCCAUUGGGCACUUUCUUGUCCACUUUCCAUAAGUUGGGUAUUGCACUUUGGGCUGGACCUAAUUUCUCCCAAUACAAAAAGUUUGCACAUCCCAAUGUACAGUGGAUUGACUUUUCACCUUGUGAGAAGUACUUGGUAACAUUUUCUCCUCAGGGGGAUCCUCACAAUCCUGAGAUGAAAAAAAUUAUUAUUUGGGACAUCAGAACUGGCCUUGAAAAACGUUCUUUCAACCCAGAAGGAACCUCUACAUGGCCCAUUUUCCGGUGGUCUCAUGACGACAAGUAUUUUGCUAGGAUAGGACAAAAGAAUGAUUCUUUACAAGUAUACGAGACACCUUCGUUUGGCUUGUUAGACAAAAAAUCCAUCAAGAUAAAUGGAAUAAAGGAUUUCAAUUGGUCCCCAACUGACAACAUCAUCGCGUACUGGGUUGCUGAAGACAAGGAUGUGCCAGCCAGCGUAACAUUAUUGGAGUUACCUAACAGGAACGAAAUAAGAAAAAAGAACCUGUUCAAUGUUGCCGAUUGCAAAAUACACUGGCAGAAGUCCGGAGAUUACCUUUGUGUCAAAGUAGACAGGUACACCAAGUUUCGUAAAGAGAAAUCGGAGUUGAAAUACUCCGGAAUGUACUGCAAUUUUGAGAUAUUCCACAUGAGGGAAAAACAAAUACCUGUCGAUAGUGUUGAAUGCAAAGAGCCAAUUCAAGCCUUUGCGUGGGAGCCCAUUGGUUUGAAGUUUGCCAUGAUUCACGGCGAAACGCCCAACAUCAAUGUUAGUUUUUAUGAAGUCAGAAUAGGGCAGGCCCCCAUUCUAUUGAAGAAGUUUGAAAAGAGGGCUUGCAACCAUUUGUUCUGGUCACCUGGCGGUCAGUUCAUUGUUCUCGCAGGAUUGGGAUCGAAUGGAGGUGGUUCAUUGGAAUUUGUUGAUACUAACGAAUUUUUGGUCAUGAAUACCACCGACCACUUCCAAAUGUCUGAUGUAGAAUGGGAUCCGACUGGAAGAUAUGUUAUAACAGGGGUUUCAUAUUGGAAGACCAAAGUUGAUACAGGCUACUGGAUUUGGUCAUUCCAAGGAAAAAUUCUGAAACGUUAUAAUUUGGAAAAAUUUGCUCAAGUUUUAUGGAGACCCAGGCCACAGACGCUACUGUCUGAAGAAAAACAAAAGGAAAUCAAGAAAAAUCUUAAAAAAUACUAUCCACAGUUCGAGAGUAAGGAUAGGAUGAGAAUGUCGAAAGCCUCUAAGGAAUUGCUUGAGAAGAGGGCUGCUUUGAUAGAAAAGUUCAACGAAUACAGAAAAGCGAGGAUUGCGGAAUAUAUUGAGAAUAAGCCCAGGCGGUUGGCACUUAGAAAUAAUAUAGACACAGACGAGCUAAAUGCUCAUAAAGAAAAUGUUGAGGAGGAAGUUGUCGAGUUCUUUAUCAAGGAAGAAAUCACGGUGAUCGAUUAAAACAUUUUUGUUUUGUGGUUUUUCCCUGCUUGUGCUUUUUAGCACAUACAGGGAGAUUUUUUGAGUCUAACAUCUAUAAAUAGCCCAUAUUUAUCACUUGAUCUCUGCUGCAUUCAGAGCUCUGUUCAUUAUUAUACUUUUCUUGUACUGUACUGGUUCUAUCUUGUUCAGUCAAUUAAAGAUUUAUAUUUUUGACGUUAUGUAUUAUUUUAACAGGUUGUACUUGAAAGACAUUGUUCACUACCUGGUUAUAGAAAUAGAUUAUUUCUUAACA